AUGGCUACCUCCGCCCGCCCUAACGUGUCCGACGACUUGGUCUGGGGCAUUGCCCGAACCCAGAAUGCUUACUUGGUUAAGCGAAAGAACGGCGGUGGUGUUCAAUUUUCUCGUGACCCAUUGAACUUGGUCAACAAGCACUCGAGAAAGUAUGCCGGUUUCGUCAACUCUAAGGCUAUAGGCAUCCAGACUGCUGAGAACGGUGGUGUCGCCGUUACCACCAAGAGACCAGAUAACUCCCACCAACCUGGCUCCAACACUGUUACCGCUACCCACGGUUCCGGCUCUUCCAACCGCAAGGUAUAUAAGAGUGUCGCCAGCCGAACUGUGUGCGGUGGAUACCGGGCAGACCUCCGCCCUGAGGCCGUUUUCCGUGCCAGUGCUAUCCGAAAAUCCCAGCGACCAAAGAAGGACAGCCCUGAGAAGAAGCUCAGAGGCGCUAAGGCCCGAAAGGCCACUGAGAAGGAUGCUUAG